UGGGGAAGGACUGAACUAUCCUUUGGUUUUUGUUUGGUAUGACCUCAGUAUUUAAGGUUCCUUCUCUUUGAAUUUCCAGAACCAAAGCUGUGUAGCAUAUUAUUACAUUUACCUUGGUGUAUUUUGGUUUUAUCUUGAAAGCACGAUGCUCCUGUUAAAACUAUACAUUGGAUCAAAGCACCAAACUACAGCUGUGUGAUGACCGGGAGCUGGGAUAAGACUUUGAAGUUUUGGGAUACACGAUCAUCAAAUCCUAUGAUGGUUUUACAACUCCCUGAAAGGUGUUACUGUGCUGACAUGAUAUAUCCUAUGGCUGUGGUGGCAACUGCAGAGAGGGGACUGAUUGUCUAUCAGUUAGAGAAUCAACCUUCUGAAUUCAGGAGGAUAGAAUCUCCACUGAAACAUCAGCAUCGAUGUGUGGCUAUUUUUAAAGACAAACAGAACAAGCCGACAGGUUUUGCCCUGGGAAGCAUUGAGGGGAGAGUUGCCAUUCACUACAUCAACCCCCCAAAUCCUGCCAAAGAUAACUUUACCUUUAAAUGUCAUCGGUCUAACGGAACCAACACUUCAGCUCCUCAGGACAUUUACGCGGUGAAUGGAAUUGCGUUCCAUCCUGUUCAUGGCACCCUUGCAACUGUGGGAUCUGAUGGUAGAUUCAGCUUUUGGGACAAAGAUGCCAGAACAAAACUAAAAACUUCAGAACAGUUAGAUCAACCGAUAUCGGCUUGCUGCUUCAAUCACAAUGGAAACAUAUUUGCAUAUGCUUCCAGCUACGACUGGUCAAAGGGACAUGAAUUUUAUAACCCCCAAAAGAAAAAUUACAUUUUCCUACGUAACGCAGCCGAAGAGUUAAAGCCCAGGAAUAAGAAGUAGUGGCUGGAUGGAGACUUGUGGGUUGUCCAGAGUUGUCUUCUCUCCACUUUGCCUCGUCUCUGUACGAAUUUGGGUCCCAGCUUUCGGUGGGUUGUCAGCCAUGGAUAUGGAUUUCAACCCCUGGAGAAAACGAUGUCAUUGUUCAGCAGUCCGGAGCCUGGCGGCCACGGUGACUGUCCAUCUCUCCAUUCCACUGCCGGUUACAGGUUUCGUCUGUAACUCUAAGGGGAUUAAAAUUAUUAUAGAAGUUCUUAGAUUCAUGUGGGCAACUGCCAGGUAUUUUGCAGUGCUUCGUUCAGCAGUGUGUGUAUUAGAGAACAUUGGGAAACAUUCUACGAGCCCUGUACUGUAUUUUGUAAUAAAAUAUUUAGAAGAU